CUUGUACCAAGCGUCGUGUGCGCGGAGGAUACUCGACUCGCCCCCACAGUCCACCCGGAGCAGCCUCGCCACGCCACGCUCCCUCCGUCGAGCUGCGAAAAUCUCACUUAUCAAAGAUUCAGCAACAAAUCGACAUUUCUGAAUGCCCACAAUCCGAAUGGCUAAAUAAUUGAUUGAGCGUGCCCCCGCCAAGUAGCACGAGAUGCCUCGCCUACGUCACAACAGCAACGUCAGCCGUAAAAGUAGCCAGAAAAUCUCCGUCUCAUAGCAUCCCGAAAACGUGUUCACUCCUCCUCCUCCAUCCUCCUCCAUCCACCAAAAAUCGUGCUUCUUCCGCAACGCUUCCGUAGUUAAUCCAAAUUUUCGCUGGCCAGGCAAUCCUUUUUUGGGGCUAAGACAACGGCUAAGAGAUUCGCAUCCCAUCGCAUCGCUUCGCAGAAACGUGUACACGCGUCGUCCAUUGGCAAAAUUGAUGUUGGCGCCACUUUAGAGAAUCAAUUUGAAGCGACAAGACACCACUACCGUCACACGUUCAACCGGAAAUAGGCAUGGACACUGCUGCUGCCGCCGCCGCCGCCGUUGUUGUUGACCUUAGCUCUGAGGGCAGCGGCAAAUCAAAGCUCCUGAGCAGCCCCAUCCCCAGCCCCGGCGGCACCGGGUCCAGCAUCUCACAUCCCAGCAGCACAUUGAAGCCAAAGUCAGUAUCAAGCUACGCCCUAGCCGUGGCACCUUCCGCACCUGGAUGCAGUGAUCAGGAUCAGGUGGGCAGCACAGUAGAGUCCGUAUCGGCUACGCCACCGCCAACGCCAGCGCCGGCUUCCAGCACAGGCCGCAUCGGAACGCAACGGUAUCCGGGCAACGAUGGGAUUGGAACUGGAACUGGAGCUGGGACUGGGACUGGGGCUGCUCCCGAGCCUCUCAAUGCCGCGGAUGCUUCCCCAUUGCCUUUGAAAAGAGGCCUCCUGUGCAAGGAGGCAGUCGCAGUGUCGACCUCGGAGCAUGGUCAAUCUGGCCCAACAUCAAAGUCUUCCGCUAAAGCUUCCACAACGCCAAUGUCUGCCUUGCUUAUACCAGUUGCAACUGCAACUGCAAGGGGAACCGUAUCCACUGAACAACCACCAGCAGCAGCAGCAGCAGCAACGCCUGCCGAAUCAGCUCCUGGAACUCCAGCAACAAGCACCACAACGACCACAAGUACAAGCCAUGCUCCAUCGGUGGGUGUGGGUGCCGCACCACCAUCAUCAUCAUCAUCAGCGUCGUCACCGCUGAACAGCGUCUCCAAUUCGCGUUCGCGGUCGCGUUCCAGUUCAAGUUCCGUACCGAGCGCGGAUCCGCUGUUGCAGUGGCAGGAUAUGCCCCAGUAUUUGCAGUUCAAUCCGUAUGUGCUCCGUGGCUACCGUCCCCUGCAAACCUUCAAGGGCUGCCUGCUGAGCCUAUUCUACUGGCACAACGAGACCAUCAACAUACUGACACACGCCAUACCCAUCAUCUAUAUACUGGCCAUUGUGCCCGGUCUGAUGCCCUGGGACAGUGGCUACAAGUUUCUAUCGUUCUGCCAUGUCUUCGGCUCGGUGGCACCCUGGUGCGGCAGCUUCGUCUACCAUCUGUUCAUGAACAUCGAGAAGGGCGAGAAUGUCUACUAUACACUGCUCAAGCUGGACAUGGUCGGAAUCUGGGUGAGCCAGAGCUUCGGUGCUUUGCCCCUGGUGGUGGCCACAACGCUGUGCUUCACGCCCGUUCUCAAGUGGCUAAUCAUCAGCUCCUAUUGCCUGCUCUCGCUGUGGGGCCUCUACAAGGCUCUGACCGCCAGUUCGCCCUGGCAGCGUCGCCUCUGUUUUGCUCUGCCCUUUGGCAUGCGCUCCAUACUGACCUUUCUGCGGAUCCGGGGAAUGGUCGGCGGCAGUCACAUGGCCCUCUCCCAUGUCUAUCUGCAGGUUGAAGUUGAUGGCGUCUCCAUUCUGGGCGGUGCCAUUGGUGCCAUGCGUAUACCGGAGAAGUGGUUCCCCGGCGUGGUCGACUUCUAUCUGAAUUCACACAACAUCAUGCACGUGCUGGUCGUGGUGGCUGUCUACUCCAUGCAUAAAGCCACCAUCAAGGACUUUGAGUGGAUGUCGACACAGACAUGCAAUAGCUUCGCCAAUGUCACCGAGCAGGCGCUCGGCCAUGUGGAGCUAUGACCCGUUUACUGGCUGCUGCUGCUACUGCUGCUGCUGCCAUUGCCAUGGAUGCUGUUGGCCAGGCCGCGGGCCAAGCGAUCAAAUGCGAUACGAGCCCUGAUGGCCUUGACCAGGAGGAGGAGACGGCCACCGAACGGUGCUGGGUGAAACUGCGCGCCUGCGCACGCUGACUAGAUAGUUAAAGACAUAAAGACAUAAAGACAAAUGCGCUACUUGAGUAUAUACCGUGUAUAAUGUUGCAGUAACAAUAUACAUAUGUAUAUCUAGUUAUAGGCCAUACAUAUACAUAUAGUACAUAUAUAUAUAGUACAUAUAUGUGAACUGUAUAGUACAUAUAGUACAUACUUCGACUGUGGUAUUAAGCAUUAAGGUUAUAUAAAUUACUGAAAUGAAACAGAAGAUAAUUGAAAAGAACUUGAAUGUGCAAAAAGUCUAACCAGAUGAGAUUAACAGAUCAGAUCGAACCGAACCGAUGAUGGGUACCUAUAUAAGUAUGUAAGUACGAGUAUAGUAUAUGAGUAAUAAUGAUUUGAAUGAUGUUGAUACAUGUGUACCUCAUUGUGCUUACGACAAAAACAUCUAAUUUUCAAAUAUUGUAUGUAUUGUAUGUAUAACUUUGUACCUCGUCGAGAAUUCUUACAAUAAGGACACCACACCUAUAAGCUAACCUUCUUCCUAGUUGAUCUUUUUAGAUAUGCAAAUUGUUAAUUUUUGGCAACCGUAACGUAACGUAACGUAACGUAACGUAACGUGGUAGUGGUAGUCUGUCUCUAUAAGGACUCUCUAUUAAGUAAUGCUCCAAUCUGUGCAUAGUUGUGAAAUGGAACCAAACAAAAAAAAAAAAAAAAAAAACCAAAAACUGGAACCACGACAAAGUUGUUGUUGCAUGUUGUGUGCCAGUAGUUACGAAUAGUUAGAUGAAGCGGAGUCGCGGAGUCUUGGAGUCAGUGGUCGGGAGAGGAGUCUUGGAGUAUUCCAUGUUGGACAAGCGUGAAACAAUGAAAUGAACAAACAAUCUUCUCGGCUAAAACGCUGCUGCAACGAAUCACGUACAUACAAUACGUAGUGAAUGCUGCUAUACCAUAUACUACUAGUAAGAGUACUUAAACUUAAUACGAUAUUGAGUUGAUAUCAUUUAUGUCAAUUGAUUGCGCAAUAUAAACCUCAAGUAUUUACUGAGCUCCCCGAAUAUACAUACAUACCUACUUAUUAUAUAUUGAAUAUGAAUUAGUAAAAUUUGCAAUAUUUAUUACCCUAGAAUCUUAGGCAUGUCAUGAAUUAGGGCAGGUAUUCUUACAACCAACCAAACAACCAACCAACCAACCAACCAACCAACCAACUAACAAACAAACCAACAAACAAUGAAACAAAGAAUCAUACUAGGUACGAUAGCAAACCAUUCAAAAAUGUCGGUAUACUUUUAAUCCAAAAACGCAACGCGAACAAUUAUGAGUAUGUAACAUGUUUUAGUAGUGUCAAUAAUUUACACCACCCUCCAAUGAGAGAGAAAGAGAACAAACCGAGAAAAUCUAACACAUGAAACGUAAGCUAACAAACUAAUUCAACAAAGCAAUAA